GUAUUUUUCCUCCCUGUAGCGAUCGAUCGUGAAUACGAUCGGCAGAAAACGCCAUCCUGUUCCAGGCCUCCGAGAAGCCAACCGCCGUCGUCGACGCCCUAAACCUAAACCAAGAUCGACCCGACGACGUAGACCCUGACCAUGGAGGAGGCAGAGAAGGGGGAGAUCUUCGAGAGGAACACCGUGUCGACAUUGGACAGGCAUCCGGAUCCGGGGCCAACGGCUGGCCUGCUCACCGACGACCUCAUCCUGGAGAUCCUCUCCCGCCUCCCCGCCAGAUCCCUCCACCGCGUCAAGUGCGUUUCCGUGUCCUGGCGCGACCUCAUCAUCGAUCCUGCCAACCGCAACAAGCUGCCACAGACCCUAGCUGGCUUUCUCUACAUGACCGUCAACAGCAGCGGGUGCCGCCACCACUUCGCCAGCAUAUCCGGCGACGGCGCAGCCCCGUUCGAUCCUUCCCUGCAGCCUAACAAGUACAUGGACAUGGUCCAGGUGGACGCCUGCAACGGCCUCCUCCUCUACUGCGGCUGCAACGAGAAGUUGUCCCCUUUCAAUUGGGCAGAGGAUGAUUUCCGUUUUGUCGUGUGCAAUCCUCUCACUGGGAGGUGGGUGGAACUGCCUCCUACGCUCCAGGCGCCAGAAAAUAACAGAUAUAGUUGUACCGCAGGCCUGGCUUUUGAUCCGGCGGCCCAUUUCAAUGUUCUUCACUUCGAGCAGGCCUUUCACAAAGCUUACGUCACAGGAGUGAACAUCUACUCGUCAUGGGCAAGAGCCUGGACUCGCAGGGAUAGUGGGAUGGUUGAGAAAGUGGCGCCGUUCUUCCGUGGUAAAUGUGUCUUUGUUAGCCGUAUAAUGUAUGUGAUGGGCAGCCUGAUGGACAUGAACAACGAGUACGUGCUCAUGGGGGUGGACAUGGAGGGGAAAGUGUGGAAGACUAUCCGUGUGCCGUAUGGCCAAAGAUUUGCUACGAUUGGAGUGUCACAGGGGUGCUUACACUAUGCUGCAGCUUCUGUUGUUGAUAACGAUAAAAGGACGGUUUCCCAGAUAGCGCUCUGGUGCCUCAAGGGUCGUGACAGUAAAGAAUUAGUCCUGAAGCAUACCGCCAACAUCAAUAAACUUAUGAGCAUGACUGGAAAAAAGUACAUGGUGGAUGCGGUUCAUCCAGAUUGCGACACAAUUUUUUUGAUUUCAUAUGGAGGUGACACCUUAGCGGCAUAUGAUAUGCGACAUCAGAAAGUUGGUUGUAUCCUUAAUCUUGAGAAAAGCAAUACAUGCCGAUUUCUACCCUAUGUUCCUUUGUUCUCAAAGUCAUUAGCAGAUGCAGAUGAGCAGUAGCAUCACCUUCAAACAACCCUUGUGCUUCCUCCAGGAAUUGAUUCUUCUGUUGGUUGAA